AUGUCCGACAAGCAUAAAGAGCAGCAGCUUUUUCAAACGAUGAAGCACAAGCACCUGGGGCUUGGGAAUGAAUCGACGACGAAAGAGGAAUGGAUGAUCCAUGUUAAACGAGAUACUUAUUAUAGUCUUCUGGCCCAUAGUAUGUCGGUUGAAUAUUUAACGCUGUCCAGAGACAACACCAGCAAAAGGAUCACUGAGAUGGAACUUAUCAAUAAAAUGUGCGACGACCUCUGCAAGAAGCCCAGAAACGGCUUGCAGAGCGAUUCGCGUCCCAUAAAGAUACAGCGGACAUGA